CGUGAUCUCCGUGUCAGCGCACGUCCCCGGAAAUCUUGUGUAAACGGGCGUCCAAGGGAUAGAGAGUGCUUCCUGGAGCACAGAGGAGGACAGAAAUCAUGUGACGGCGGUGUUCUGAAGGAGUUGUUUUUGAAGCCGUCCCUGAAGUGACAGCAGACAGCCACGAGCCCUGCGCUACGGAGAACCAGGCAGCCCAGAGAGUUGGGCAGCUGGAGCCACUUUGCCAGGUGUUCAGGUCUGACCCUGCAGGUGGCGCGAGCGGUGUGGCUUUUGAACUUACGUGAGAAAAGGGUUCAUCAUGGCGGAUGACCUAAAGCGAUUCCUGUAUAAAAAGUUACCAAGUGUUGAAGGGCUCCAUGCUAUUGUUGUGUCAGACAGAGAUGGAGUGCCUGUUAUUAAAGUGGCCAAUGAUAAUGCUCCAGAGCAUGCUUUGAGACCUGGUUUCUUAUCUACUUUUGCCCUUGCAACAGACCAGGGGAGCAAACUUGGACUUUCAAAAAAUAAAAGUAUCAUCUGUUAUUAUAAUACCUACCAGGUGGUUCAAUUUAAUCGUUUACCUUUGGUGGUGAGUUUCAUAGCCAGCAGCAAUGCCAAUACAGGACUAAUUGUCAGCCUAGAGAAGGAACUGGCUCCAUUAUUUGAAGAAUUGAGACAAGUUGUAGAAGUGUCUUAAUCUGACCGUGGUUUUGAUGUAUACCUUAUCUUCAGUAUAACAGACAUAAACAAUAUCAAUUUAGCAAUCUUGAGACCACAACAAUGUUUGUAUCCAUGUACUCAACAAAGGGCCCCUUUUCUACCUUACACUAAAGAGUCUACAGAGACCGAUCGAUUGCUAUCUUUUCUUGUAUAGAUCUUGUUUACUGAGACCUGGGGAUACCGCAGAAAGGGUUCAGUUUAUCGCAGCUCCCAUGGAGUUAGUCCAGUCACCAAAUCUGCAUGGGAUUCUGUUUGGUGGGUCAGAAUCAAAAUGUUACCUUGAUCCACCUGAACCAUGCAGUGCUCCCUCUUGUACAUUCUGCUGGGCCUGCAGAAUGAAGUCGAUCCUUUUUAUUGUGAAUAAUAAUGAGGACAUAUUUUUCUUCAUAUUGUUUUAUUUCUUUGCAUUGAGUGUGGGGAAGAUAAAAUGGCAUAGUAAAGUAAUAAAAUCAGUACAAUCACUAACUUUCCUUUGUAUAUAUUAUUUUGCAAUAUAGAUGAGUAUUACUAAUUGAUUUGAUUCUCCCCAGAGGGUGCUGCUGUUUAAUGAAAAUGAUAGCUGAUGGUUUUCCCCCUCUCUGCUUUCUAUAACCAAUCAGUGUUUUAAUGUUUGUGUGUUCUUUAUAAAAUUUAGGUGUAAUUCAUUAUUGAACUGUUUCCAAUAUUGAUAUGUAUGUAAACAUGAUACUACAACCAUUUUUUUCAAUAUAUAAGUAUAAAUAAAAUAGUAUUUUUAAAA